AUGGCUUCGUUAAUGCAAGAUGAAGAGGUGUCCAAUCCAUGCUUAUCUGAGCUGUAUGACUUUCAGAAGGAGGUUUACUACAAAGCGCGUGGCGAGGACAGUAUUAUCUUUCUCCCCACGGGGGCUGGAAAAUCCGUGAUUGCGGCCGCUAUCGCCAUGGAUAAGAUUCUACAAUAUCCCACGAAAAGGGUUGUGUUUAUUGUGUCUUGCGUCGCUUUGGUGGAGCAACAGGCCAACGCCUUGAAGCGGGUGAUGCGCACCAAUGGGGUAGACAUGUGUAGCGGCUUAAAGAAGACAGUGGCGUCCUGGCCAGAUUUUAUGGCGAGCCCUUCGGUGGCGAUUGUGAUGAUCGACGUUGUGUUUCUUAGGUGGAUGCAGCCGUGUCAGGAGGCAAUCAAAAAGCAAAUCAGUUUGGUGAUUAUCGACGAAGUACACAACGCACGCGGCGGCUCUCUCAUGACGAUUCUAGAAAUGAUUCACCGCCAAAAGCCGAGUCCCAUUACUAUGCCCGUACCAGAUGGUGAUCCUGCUGUGGAAGAACGACACCCGCAAAUUCUCGGCCUCACCGCCUCCCCACUCCUCGCAUUCAAUGAUCACAAGUCACUUUUCGAUCUUCUUAAGGCUACUCGCUGCAGAAUGAUAUGCGUCAGUAACGAAAUAGGGAGCUUGCGGGAGCGUGUGCCGAUUCCUCUGGCGAUUGCGUUGGAGUUUUGUCCUUCGCCACCUGAGGCAGUCUUUCAGUGCCUGCUCCGCAAUAUCAUCGUCAUGGUGCAGGAAGAGGCAAGUGUCGCUCGGCACGGCCAUCUUAAGAAGCUGGUACCCUUAAAAAUGGCGACGCUACAGUACCUUAACGCCUGCAGGCAAAUAGAGCUGCAUGCCCUGAAAUCACGCAAUGGGGACUGCGACUUGUUUGCGUAUGGGGUUGCGAAAUUCCUCUUCCGUGCUACGCGGGCACUCACUUUAAUGGAAGAGGAAUCAAUGCAGAGGGCGUACGAGGAAAUCAUGCAUGAUGAUGUUUUUGACUCCUUGGAAAAGAGCCCCCAAGCAGCAGAGGUGCUCCUGCCGCUUCUUGAGGCAGUUAUUGAAAUGAGGCGAACUCUCAAGAGAGCCAUCCAGACACAGAAUGAAGAAAACGCGAGCGAUGGUGGAAAGGGCGACGGCAUGCUGCAGACAGCAUCACGGAUAAGUUUCCUCAUGCGCUUGCUGAGGUGGAUUGCCGAGAGUGCCACCGUGUCGGACAAAUCAUUUCGUGGUAUUGUUUUUUGUGAUACACGUAGUUCAGCAUACCGCGUUGUUGCCAAAAUUGAAGAAUCAGAGAAACUGAAUGAGUUCUUCAAACCAAAAGUGCUUGUCGGCAAAGGAAAGGUCCUUGUUGACGACGAAGAUAAACAUAUGACAGAUGCUGAACAGAAGAAAAGGCUGAAUGAAUUUCGAGAGGGUACGAUAAGGUUGCUGGUGGCGACUUCAGUGGUGGAGGAGGGACUGGACGUAGCCUCGUGUAAUGCUGUCAUACGUUAUGACUCUUGCGUAACGCUUCGCAGUUUUAUUCAAAGCCGUGGUCGGGCGAGGCGCCGCAACGCUUUCUUUAUCACCAUUGAACAUGUGCAGAGGCCGCUGAAGGUGUCCGCCGUCGCUGCCAAGGCCGUGCAGCUACAGGAAAAGCUGGUGAGAGAAGUCGGUGUGGAAUGGAAUGAGCAGAACUCCGGCAGGCGUGAGCCGUGGGAAGACUGCCCAUUGCUCUGGCUCCGCUCCUUCGAGAAGAAGAGAGGCGUCACUAUUCGGGAGAAUAUGGUGGAUAACCGCCCACAGAAUAGGGACUGGGCCUGUCAACUGCAAGUUGUUGUCUCUGUUGAGAGUGGGACACAGGAGAACCUCACGAAGACAUUCACGGUCACGGAAAGCGGAUCAAAAGUGAAAGCUCGCCAGGCCGCGCAAAAGAACUUAUGCAGGUGUCUUUACGAAGCUUGCUGUCUGGAAAUCGGCGCGAUGGACAUCAAGAGCGAAUUUCAGAAGGGUCUGUUAUUCCUCUCAAGCGGCCUUUGCAUCUGUGAUACCAAUACCCUCUCGCUGAAUGAUGUUCGGAAUCGCUACGCCCCGGCAGCACGAGAGGUGGUUCACUACGUCCCGAAUAAUUGGGAACCCCACUCGCCUGUGGGUAUCCUGGAUGACGUGGCGCGCAGAAGGAAGUUGCGCCCCUGCAAGAUCACCCCCGUGCAGGUAGAAGGCACGCUGGGCAUCAAACUAACUGUAUGGAAUCGAACAGUAUCAGGUGAAAUGGAGAAUUUUUCGGUAAGCUUCUCGGGUCCUUUUGCACAGGAGAAAGCAGCACUUGUUGCACUGCAGCGCAUGGGUGUUGUUUGUCUGACAGAUGUGCCAGAGACCACGAUGGAAUUUGUCCAAGGGAUCCGCUAA